AUGAGGUGGAUGAUAACGAUGUUUGCGUAGUUGGUACCACUGAUUUGAUGGCUAGGCACUGUGGCGGUAUUGUUUUAAACACGUAAGUCAUCGGUUUUUAUAAAGAUAGUAUCUACUUAUGUCCUAUAUAGUUAGUAUAGAUAUCUGUGGAGUAAGUCUAUGAAAACAAAGUUUAAGUGUUAAUAUAGCAAUCGGUCUCAACCAGUGUAACUCGAUGUUCGACAGUACCUGACACUAACCUAAACUGAGGCGGAUUGUCCCACCUACUGAAGUCGCCAAAGUCUAAAGCUGUUUUACAGAAUGUGUUUAAUGUCUAAUAUCAGAGGGUGUUCAGCAGGGGUGGGACUGGGCCUGUAAAGGUCACCUAUCACAUUCAAGAAAAUCCAGAGAAUCAAUUACUAUUUUUUGUCAAACAAACGUGGGAAAUAGACUGAUAAUCAAAAAAAAAAAAAAGAAGACUAGAAGUUACAUAAAUGUGCAAUUGUCCAUUGUUGGAAAAUGAAAUAUCCAACAUUAAUUGUUGGUACAUCUUUACUGUCCAUAAGAUUGUUCCAUCUUUAUAUAGUUCGUUCAUGGUAUGUCCCAGAUGAAUACUGGCAGUCUUUGGAGAUAGCUCAUUACAUUACUUUUGGUUUUGGAUAUCGCACUUGGGAAUGGAUAGUUGGUAUAAGAAGUUAUAUUUCCGUUUCAUGGAUUGUAAUAAUAUAUCAAAUUUUAAAAUUUUUCUCGCUGGACACAUUACAACUUUUAAUAUGGAGUCCACGCUUUCUACAAACACUUUUCUCAACAUUUUCGGAUUAUUGUUUUAUGUGCUGGAUACAAAAACACGCUAAAUGUUCAAAUGUAUUUUGGCCAUUAGUAUGUUAUAUGUCAAAUCCAUUUUUGGCAUAUUGCUCAACACGUACCUUAGUUAAUACACUGGAAACCAAUUUGACAACAAUUGCCUUAUACUAUUACCCUUGGUCAUUGAAAAGUAAAGAUGUCAAAUUUUUAUGGAUAGUUGCUUUUGUUUGUAUUAUGCGCCCAACUGCAAUAAUAGUGUGGAUUCCGUUAAUUGUAUUUGAUUUUUUUUCUCAUAAACGUUAUACUGUAAAUAAUCUAGCUAGGUAUAUUUGUAUUGGUUUAACGUCUCUUAUAUUUUCUAUAACGCUAGAUACAUACUUCCACGGUUCUUUUGUUGUAACACAGUGGAAUUUUUUGUAUUAUAAUAUUAUAAAAAAAGUCAAUGCUCAUUAUUCUAUUGAGAAUUGGAAUUGGUAUUUUGUCAGUGGAUUACCACCAGUGCUGGGCCCUGUAUUUUUUAUAUUCAUUUAUUGUUUUAUCAAAAAAUUAAGGUACAUUAAUUUUUAUGAUACUGAUUCCAAGUUGGUAAUCACAGUAUUUUGGUCUUUGUCAGUGUUAAGUAUGGUUGCUCAUAAAGAACAACGAUUUCUACUACCAUUGUUUCCAAUGAUAUUCUUUAUUACAUCAGAACAAAUUUCUAUAGUUUGUAAAAAGUUUAUAAAAUUAGGAACUUUAAUGGUCAUAUUAAAUGUAAUAAUAUUAAUUUAUUUGGGACGGUAUCAUCAGAUAGGCUCUACUAGUGUUAUGUCACAUUUAGCUGAAUUACCUCAACAUUCAAAAUUAUUAUUUUUAAUGCCGUGUCACUCAACUCCACUUUUUAGUCAUCUUCAUAAAAAUAUAACUGCAAGGAUUUUAACAUGUGAGCCAAACCUUCAUGGCAUAUCAAAUUAUACUGAUGAAGCAGAUGUAUUCUUUGAAAAUCCAAAUAAGUGGCUUGAAGAGUCAUAUUCAGCUGAAAGUAAAAACAAUUUACCAACACACAUAGUUAUGUUUGACCUACUAUUAAACAAAGUACAAGCAUUUUUAACUAGAGGAAAAUGCAAAAAUGUUUUAACAAUAUUUCACAGCGAUUUUCCAUCUGCUAGAACUGGACAAUACUUAUAUGUGUUUUCAUGUAUUAAAUAACCUAAUCAGUAUAAUUAUUUUGAAUUUUGUUUUCAGUAAAAUAUAAAAUUUAAGGUUUGAUUAUAUUUAAAUAAAAAAUGUUUAACAUUUUAGUUUUAUUAUUAAAAAAUAUUGAAAAAUAUAAAUAUAAAGUUUACAUUAAUCAAUUAAAAACUAUUGAUCACGUUGAAUUUAUGAUGCCAAUUAAUUUAAAAUUUUAGUUUUUACUGUAAACUAUUAAGUUACCUUAACUUAUUUUAUAUUAUAAAAAUUGCAAUUUUGCAAAAUUUAUUUAUUUUAUUAUAUUCUAAGUAUAUAAUUUAUAAUAUAUAUUAUAUUAUAUUAUAAGAUUAUAAUGGUUACUAUGUUUGUGAACAUACCUUUAAUUCUUUUUUAUUUUUAUUUGCAACCCAAAAUUGACCAUAAAAUUAAAUAUCAAUGAAAUUACAAAAAAAAAUAUAAACUAUGGUGCAAGCAAGUAAAUAUUUAAUAGUGCAAUCGUCCAAUCCAUUGUUUUAGUAAGGUAGGCAUUAACAAAUUAAUAUUUAGUGUAGUUUUUUUUAAACUUUGAACAAUUAUUAAAUAAUAUAUUUUCAAAUUUUUUUAAAGAAAAUUCAAAAUAAUCAAUUAUAACUUAUAAUCUAGCUCCACCUUUUUUUGGUCUAACUAUUCAAUAUUAAAAUGUAUAAAUAAAUAUGUUUAAUUUGUAUCUAAUCUAUUAAUUUUAUUGAUCAUACCUAAAUUUUUUUUUCUUUUGAAGUACUAUUACUUACUACUUCAUUUCUAUUCUAUAUAAAAACA